GAUAUUGACAUUUGAGGGGAGUUCUAAUAGGGUCAGAAAUAAGGUGGAAUACAGUUUAAUGUAUUUUCAACCCAGUUCUAUUAAUGGUAAAACUGGCAGAGAAAAGCUAAUAAGUCACUCCUGUGCCUGCCUUUGCUUUUGCCUGGCAAACCCGAUGACAUGCAAGGAAAAGUAGAGAAGAAAUCACUCUUCAUUAAUACACACUUACCUUCUAGGAACUAGACAGAAGUCUCAUGAUUCUCAUUUUCUUCUGUCCAGCUCCACUCCCCAUCAAAUUGCAAAUAUCAGUCUAGGCAGAAAGAGUACACAAGUUCUUUUGAAACAGAUACAUAGUAUUUCAAAUAUAAUGACCAUGCCUUGGAUUUAUACAAUAGCCUUUUUCUCCCAAAGACGCCAUAGAUAUCAUCCCUCCACAGUGGUAAUUUGGGGAAUUUUAUAAAUAUAGAAACUGAGUCACACACUGAUUUAACCAUUCUGAAGCUGUGAGAAAUAUAAGAGUUGGACUCCAGCUCACUAGACAACUUGUCUACUAGAUUGCAUUACAAUUGGAGUUCCAGAGAAGUUAUAGAUCAAGGAAAACCAGCAAAAUCCCUACUAACUCAAUGUCCAUUAUGUACAGAUUGUACUUAUUACCAAUAAAAAAGACAGUUUCUCUAAUUCUCCAUUGAUUUCACUAUAGAAAUUUAUUAAAAAUAUUUGACAAGAGUCUGAAAAUUAAAUGAGGUAAGAACCAUGAAAGUCCCCAGCAAAGUGUCUAACAUAUAGUUACUUCUCAACAAAUAUAUUUUCUCAAAGACCAUAUUAUUGGACUCAAUAAUAUAAUUCAAUAAUUCAAUGAGAAUCUACUACUAGAAAGCAAAUAUGCUACAUGCCAUAGGGAACACAGAAAUUUGCUGCUGAUGUUGUCUCCCUCAAGGAGCUUUUAAUUUCAUAGGACAGUUAAGACACAAUCACACCUAAUUACUGAAAUAUCUUGAUAAAAGUGAAUUAAGCAUUUUAGGAGUUCUAGGAUAUCGAUAUCACACUAAAAUAUUUCUUCUCUUGCAGCCUUUAUUGCAUUUUCCACCAUGCCAGAGCUGGCUCAGAAAAUCAAAAUGUAUUUUGCUUUAGCUCCCAUAGCCACUGUUAAACAUGCAAAAGGCCCUGGUACCAAAUUUUUGUUGCUGCCGGCUAUGAUGAUCAAGGGAUUGUUCGGUAAACAAGAAUUUCUGUACCAGACAAGAUUUCUCAGAAAGUUUGUUAUUUACCUUUGUGGCCAGGUGAUUCUUGAUCAGAUUUGUAGCAAUAUUAUGUUACUUCUGGGAGGAUUUAACACAAACAAUAUGAACGUGUCUGACAUCCUGGACAUUUGAUCUUGACAAGGUGCACAUCUUGUGAGUUUUUCCAUGUCCCACAAACCAUUCAUGCUUUGUUACAGAGCCGAGCAAAUGUAUAUGUCGCUCAUACUCCUGCUGGAACAUCUGUGCAAAAUAUCCUACACUGGA